CUAAACACUCAUGAAAAGCCGGCUAUCCAUCUCAGUGGCCUUGAAAAAUAGUCAUUGCGAGAAAGCAGAGUGUUUCAGAAAACGAAGCGACGACCACAACGUCCCCGGGUGUUGCUCGGCGCGCGGGGCAGGACAAUGACAUGCACGAGUUACAUAGAGGCACCACCACUGUCCCUAGGAUGUGUGCGGCACACCACUUCCUGGCAUCGCGGCGCUGUACCCGCGUGUUAAUCUGUUGUUGGUGAAGACUGUGGCACAUCCUUGGGAGUGUGAAUGGGCGUGGGCGGUGGUGGAGUUCGCACGGCCUUCCUUGCUCCCCGACCACCGCCACAACACAGCGCAGCACCUCAAGGUGAAAGGAAUCGCCUCCUGGAAGCACAAAGUACAGGCGAUAAUUUUCCUUCCCCGGAGCAGGAGAGCCGCAGAGGGCCACGAGAGGUGCCACGCCGCGCCGCGCCGCGUGACGUAACGCCCGCCCGCUGUAUAUAAAGGCGCACGCCGCUUGUCUCCGCCACAACACACGCCAGUCCUCCACCAUCUCCACCUCCUCCACCAUGAAGACCUUCCAGGUUGUGAUCAUGGCCGCCGCCGCCGUCGUCCUCGCCGCCGCCGCGCCGCGCCCCGACAGCCCACCCAAGUACGGCCCACCGCCCCCACACUACAAGGAGCCCGGGAUGCCCUACGACUUCGCCUACGCCGUCAAGGACGACUACACCGGCAACGACUUCGGCCAAGAAGAGAGCAGCGACGGACACGUGACCAGCGGGUCGUACUACGUGGCGCUGCCCGACGGCCGCGUGCAGAAGGUGUCCUUCACAGCGGACCACGAGGGCGGCUACGUGGCCGACGUCACCUACGAGGGCGAGGCCACCUACCCCGCCCACCCCGCCCCGCCCGCCUAUGGGCCCCCCGCUCCUCCUGCCUACGGCCCCCCUGCCCCCUACGCCUAGAUCACCCCGCCGCUAGCCACGCCGUCCCUUCUGAUCUGCUAUUUAUUGAGUGUACUCAAGCACUUGCUGCUACUUGUUAAUAAAGGCACGACCCCA